GCUUAAAAAUGAAAAGGCACAUAUGCAUACAAUUAAAUGAAAAUUUUUUACGUGCAUGUAGGCCUAUACCUUAUCUACUUAUAUUUGUAUACAUUUACAUUUGUACAUAUUAAAAAGGGUCAGUCCUGAUGGCUGACUAAUCAAUGCAUUCUUAAUAUUUCUUAUUGUAUUCAAUAUCAAAUAGUCUUGACGUGGAAUCCAAGUUCCAUUUACAAUUAUAUCUUAAAGUACGUGCUUUGUAUAAACAAAAUGUUCCAAGACUGUAUAUCAUAUUUAAUUUUUUGGUUUCAGAACCAAGUACAAUGUUCGAAAAAGCUGAAAAGGAUACAAAUGCUGAUGUUUUGUGGACAUGGUCAUACCCAGAAGUAACCCCUGAUUGGCAGGAAGUUCUUCUUUAUAAGUCUCCUUUGAACUCUGAUAAUCCUUAUUCACAGUUUAUCUAUGGACAGCACAACAGACAAUGGUUUUACAUAGCUACCCAGGAAGUUGACAAUCAUCCCACUCUGACUAAAGUAAAAGCAUUUUCACUUGUUCUUCUCUGUAAGGACUUCAACCCUGAGAAGUACAUCGCUCUGUGCCAAAUUCUUUGUAAUGCAUAUGUGAAGACAGGCAGACCUUCAUCCAUGCUAGGGAGUUAUCUGUCUGUUCUAACUAAAGGUUCUUGCGCUAGUGAAAACAAUGGUACAUUCUUAGUAAAAGAUUUUGAUGUGAGAAAAGCAUAUGCUGAGUCAAAUCUUAGAGAUUUAAUAGAGAUGUUUGGAAUGGAGACAAUCUUGAUUUAUACUGCAAUGUUGUUGAAGAGAAAGGUUGCAGUUUACCAUUCAAAUGUACAAGAUUUGCUAGCGUUUACACGAUCACUUCCUGCCUUGGUUUGGCAUAGGCAGAAUUGGUCAAUCAUGUCCCCAUAUGUACAUUUGAAAGCACAAGAGUUGGAAAGCCUAAAUGGAAACAGCAUACUUUUAAUGGGUUUCACAGAUGCUGACGUUGAAAGUCAUACGGAAUUAUAUGAUCUGUAUGUUAAUUUGCCUGCGAAUGAGAUUACCUUAGCAACUCAUGCCAAACAAAUAUUUGGAAUGGGUAAACUACAUAAGGAUAUAGCACAAUUAAUGGUUCAGUGCAUUGAGGAAGAAGAAACUACAGAGCAACAAGUAAUUAAGGAGAUAUCAGUGAAGACAAAGGAACUAAUCAACAAUUUGAAGUCAUUAGGAGAGGUAGUAGAUGAGGAUGAUACUCCAAGUAUAUCAAUGGAUAUUCUAAAGGGAAAGAACCUACCCCCUGCCACACAAAACUUCUUGUAUAACCUGGCUGCAGCAGAAGGCUUCCUUCAGCUUUAAAAAUAAUCACACAUACAUUUCCUUUUUACAUAUUUUAAAAUUACCCAGUGUUUUGUGGAGAGAAAAUGGGUUUCUUUGAUUUAGAUAUCAUUCAUUGUCAAAAGGCAAACCAUAUUGAAAUAUAAGUACAAAAUUAGAAUAAGGAAAAAACAUUAUAACAGAUUAACACACUUAUAAUACAACAAUAUUUGAACUGAUAUUGAUAAAUAUAAAAAAUAUAUAGAGUGUAAAAUUUAGAAAAGAAAAAGUAUUGCAACUAGAGGUGUAUGAAAAUGAAUAUGAAAUGUAUUUGAAAAUGUAAAAUUUACUAUUAUUCCAUGAUUUACUUAAAUUAUAUUUUUAGUAAUACUGUAAUAUAAUGAAAGAGACUGGAUAUACGCAGAGCGGCUGUGUAUACAACAGAAGUGGUUUUGUUAAGGCCAACUCAGACAGCGUCGGCCGACGCAGCCCGACCCGAUUUAUCGUCGGGGACAGUCUUAAGCCGUCGUGAGAAAUAUUAAACACGUUUAAUAUUCU